AUGAAAGUCUUCAUUGCUCUUUGUGUCCUCUUCGUAGGCGCUUAUUGUGCUCCUGUACUUGAUAAUCAACUUGGCAAUGAAUGGGCAUUAUUCAAAAGUGUCUAUCAAAAACAAUAUAAUACAACUGAAGAAGAAAAUAUUCGUCAAAAGAUUUGGGAAAGAAAUCUUGCCAAAAUUCAUCAACAUAAUCUUGAAGCUGAUCUUGGCAUUCAUACUUAUACAUUAGGAAUGAACCGAUUUGGUGAUUUGACUAAUGAACAGUUCAGACAACAAAUGAAUGGAUUUAAAGCAUUAAAAAUAAAAAACAAUCAUGAUCGCCACACAUUCAUAGCUCCAUCAAAUAUUGUCCUUCCAAAGUCUAUCGAUUGGCGUAAAGAAGGUUAUGUAACACCAGUCAAAGAUCAAGGACAAUGUGGUUCAUGUUGGGCUUUUUCAGCCACUGGCGCGCUUGAAGGUCAACAUUUUGCCAAGACAAAAAAACUUAUUUCACUUUCAGAACAAAACUUAGUUGAUUGCUCAGAUUUUGUUGGUAACAUGGGUUGUUGGGGUGGCUUAAUGGAUCGUGCCUUUCAAUAUAUCAAAAUUAAUGAAGGUAUUGAUACUGAAGAUAGCUAUCCAUAUGAAGGUGUUGAUCGUCUAUGUCGAUUCGAAAGCGCUAAUAUUGGUGCCAUUGAUACUGGAUAUAUUGAUAUCACAGCUCAGAAUGAAGAUGAUCUUCAACUUGCUAUUGCUAUCAUUGGUCCUAUUUCAGUUGCUAUUGAUGCAUCACAAGAUUCAUUUCAAUUUUAUAAAUCGGGUGUUUACAAUGAACCAGCUUGUUCAUCAACAAAACUUGAUCAUGGUGUUUUAGCUGUUGGUUAUGAUACAACAAGUUCAAAUGAUUAUUAUAUUAUAAAAAACUCAUGGGGUACAUCAUGGGGUAUGGAAGGAUAUAUUUGGAUGAGUCGAAACAAUAAAAACCAAUGUGGUAUUGCUACCAUGGCUAGUUAUCCUCUUAUUUGA